UGAAGUGAAUGAUGUUGUUUUUCAGGGUGCUGCAAUUAUUAGCUGUGAUAUGGUAGCUCCUGGUCCAAGUGUUGCUUAUAGACUCCAAGGUUCUCAAGAAUCAUACAGACAAGUUAAUCAACCUGCUGACAUUAGGGAAGGAAUAGCAACUGCAAUUAAUGUUGUUAAAGAGGGCAUAGGAAAUACUGCUCAUACAUUUUAUCAAGCUGCCUACACUGAACACGAACACAAAGGCUUUCUUGGUGCUGUUGGAGGAUCCCUCCGCCAAAUGCCACGCUUACUUUUACAGCCAAUUAUUUUAGGUGGAGAAGCAACUCAUUCUGUCUUAGGGGGUAUUCGACACCAACUUGUUCCAGAUGCCCACCAAGAAGAUAUACAUAAAUGGAGGACAAAAAAUAGCUAAUAUUUGCUUCCAUAGACUUUGUUUUUUUGUCAGAUGCAUGUGUUCAUCACCCAAUCUGAAAUUAUAGGACAAACAAAACCAAAUAUAUUUUGAUGUGAUUUUUGGGAGUUAACUUCUUAAGACUUAUUAAAUGUCUUUUAAAAUAUAUUGAAUUCAGUUAAGAACUCUUUCAUUUCAACUUAUCAAUUUUCAAUAUCUUAAUUAAUUAAAAUGUACCUGAAGUUGUCUAUUUCUUGUGUAAACGAAAGGGUAAUAUCGAAUAAUAUUAUUUUAUAAUGUGAUAUUUUCAGAUAAAUAAUUUUCUUAUAAAUAUUGAAUGCUAAUUCAGUGCUCUCUGAAACUGAAUUUUAAAUUUAGUUUGUUUUCAUGCCAUAUAAAAUGAUACAAUAGGCUCGUUUUAAAAUUAUAUUUUUGUUUAGUGUGUUUUUUUUAAAUCAAAAUAAUACAUAUUUAAUAGAUUACAUCUAUAUCUUCUUAUUAAUGUAUUGUGAUUUUAAUGCAAUCAAUAAAUGUGUGAGACAAGAUGUUGGAAUGAUUCAGUAGGUUAUUUGAUUUGAAGCUAGAAGCAAAUAUUAAAUAUCUGCACCUAUCUGUAGAACAAAUAAAUGAAAUCUUUAUUAUUAUUUUUCACUAUUUGUUGAAAGCAACUUAUGUUAUUAUUAAGGUUUUAAAUUUCUCUGAAAUGCCCCAAAUUAUUUUGAUAUCAUAAAUGGCAUCGGUUUUCCGUGUAUAAUAUUUAACUUAAUAAAAUUGAACUUUUAAAAAAAAAAUGUAAAGCAAGUUUUUGAACUAAGAAUGAUAUACAGUAGAACCCGUUUAAGAAGUUUUUCAAGGGAGUGGAAAGAAACGACUUAUUAAACGGGAAAACUUAUCAAACGGUGAAACUUAAAAACACAUUAAU